AUGUACAAGGCCGUCAUCCUGCCGACGCUACUGUAUGGAGCGGAGACUUGGACGGUGUACACGAGGCAGGCACGCCGACUGAAUCACUUCCAUCUCAGUUGUCUUCGUCGCAUCCUGAGGCUGAACUGGCAGGAUCGAAUCCCCGACACGGAAGUACUGGAACGAACGGGAAUUCUAAGCAUCGACUCCAUGUUGAGACAAAUGCAGCUGCGCUGGAGCGGCCACCUGGUGCGCAUGGAUGACGAGCGACUACCCAAACGACUCUUCUACGGAGACGUCGCGACGGGUUCUCGUCGUCAAGGAGGCCAGAUUCGCCGUUACAAGGAUACCCUGAAGUCCUCCCUGAAGCGCCUGCACAUCAACCCGACCAACUGGGAAGAGCUCGCCCGCGAUCGUCCGACAUGGAGGAGAACAGUGAAGACGGGCGCUGCUAUCUAUGAAGCCAACCGAAUCGCCGCCGCCAAAGCGAAACGCGAAGCCCGCAAAUCACAACUUCGCCCAGUCCGCAACGCCGCCGCACAACCUCUCCCUACGUGUCCUCGAUGUCAACGGACAUUCCGGGCACGAAUCGGACUUGUUGGACAUCUUCGGAUCAACUGCACCUCUCGAACUGCUCCAGCCAUCGUCCUCCGCCCGCCUCUUCCUCGUCCUCUCUGCCGCCAACUAACUCUGACACUCCUCCUGCACCACCACUUCCAUCCUCCUCCUCGUCGUCCUCCUCCCUCUCCACUGCCCAAGCGGCGGCCGUUCAGACUGCUGUCUCACACAUCACCAACCCCAACACAACAACCGACAUCACCUCUCCCGAUACCACUGAUGAGGAUCAGGACUACACCUGCCCUCACUGUGACCGCAUCUUCACCUCACACAUCGGCCUGGUCGGUCACUUGCGAAUCCACCGCACAGAGACUGGCGAACCAGUGCCUGGAGCACCAACCUACACUCACCGCACUCGCCUCCACUGCCCACACUGCCCUCGCACCUUCACGCAUCGCAUGGGUCUAUUCGGCCACAUGCGCAUCCACGACGACCGGCGGUAG